AGUCGAACCGGAGGACUAACGGACUGCAUGUACGUCCCGUGAUCAGAGGUAUCGAUCCCCGCGGCUCGGCGCUAUCGAUUAGGAGCGCGCGAGGCGAAGAGGGAAGUCUCUCCGGCUCUUCUCCGGGAGAAGCGCCGGGGACGCGACGGCCAGUCCGCGACAUCUUGGAACCAGCUCACUGUGUAUCACCUCUAUUAGGUGGACCUCGGCCCAGCGCUGCAUUGAGAGCCCAUGGACCAUCAGCAUCCUCAUGUCCAAUGGAGGAGGUUUUGAUGGACGCUCUGAGCGCGCCCGCCAGUCGCCGCUCUACGACCGCGUGGCGCCCGGCUCCUCGGGCCGAGCCGACUCGUACGACUCGCUGAGGGACCAGAGGUCGUCUCCGCUCGCCCGGAGCGCCGACCCCCUCCCCCCCCCGCCUCUGCCGGACCAGCCUCCCGUGGGCCCCGAGUUCGAGGGCGGCGAGUCGGACCGCGACCUCGACCCGUCCCUCGACAUCAAGCCGGUGCACCGCUUCAUCCCCGACUCCUGGAAGAACUUCUUCAAGGGCAGCGACCCGCCCGGCUCCUCCGUCCUCGGCUCCGAGCCCGCCUCCUCGUGCAACAACAACAACAGCACCAGUGACGGCGUGCGCUGCUCCCCGCCGCGGUCGCCCGUCCCCGGGUCGUACCGGGACCCGUAUGGCGGCUCGGGCGGCAGCUACAACUCGCGCAGGGAGCUGCUGGAGGCCCGCGGGUCGUCGUCGGGCCGCACCCAGGGGCUGAGCUACGGCGAGCGGGUGGAGGAGUACCACCAGCGCUACGGCUUCAUGAAGUCCUGGGCCGGGCUGCUGAGGAUCCUGGGCUGCGUGGAGCUGCUGCUGGGCGCCGUGGUGUUCGCCUGCGUCUGCGCCUACAUCCACAAGGACAACGAGUGGUUCAACAUGUUCGGCUACUCGUCGCCCGGCGGCGGCUACGCGGGCGGCGCGUACGGCGGCGGCGUCAACGGAGGGUCGUACUACUCGGGCCCCAAGACGCCGUUCGUGCUGGUGGUGGCCGGCCUGGCCUGGCUGGUGACGGUCAUCCUGCUGGUGCUGGGCAUGACCAUGUACUACCGCACCAUCCUGCUGGACUCCACCUGGUGGCCGCUGACGGAGUUCAUCAUCAACUUGGCGCUGGCGGUGCUCUUCAUGGCGGCAGGCAUCGUCUACGUCCGGGACACGACGCGCGGCGGCCUCUGCUCGUACCCGGUGUUCAACAACGGCAUCAACGGAGCGUUCUGCCGCACGGAGGCGGGCCAGACGGCCGCCAUCAUCUUCCUCUUCGUCACGCUGGUGCUGUAUUUGAUCGGCGCCGUCGUCUGUCUCAAGCUGUGGAGGCACGAAGCCGCGCGCCGAUACCAGGAGAAGCACGGCCACGAGAUGUAUCGCACCGACCCGCGCGCUGCAGAGAUCUUGAUGGCUCCGGUGUCGGCUCCGGUGCACCGGGCUCCGGUGCAGGUGGAAGGAUCCUCGGUGGUUCCCAUCAAGGCCGCCGCCAAGGCAGUUCCACCGCACGUCCUCCAGGGGGCAAUACCAUCGGGUCACAUCCCCCGACCGGUGAUUGUGCCCGACUACAUCGGGAAGUACCCGACGGUGCGGACGGACGAGGAGCGCGACCAGUACCGCGCCGUGUUCAACGACCAGUACUCUGAGUACAAGGAGCUGCACGCCGACAUGCAGGCCGCCAUCAAGAAGUUUGAGGAGAUGGACGCCAUGAUGGCCGGCCUGCCCCAGCACCCCGCCAGCCAGAAGGAAGUGGAUCGCAUCAACAGAAUCCUUCAGGAGUACCAGAGGAAGAAAAAUGACCCGACCUUCCUGGAGAAGAAGGAGCGCUGCGAGUACCUGAAGAGCAAACUGUCGCACAUCAAGCAGAAGAUCCAGGAAUACGACAAAGUGAUGGAGUGGAACGACGGCUUCAGAAGUGACAUCAUCGAGUCUGUUUCCUCUCGUCAUCAAGGGGCGGGGCUACGCUGGCGCAGGGCCGCGCUCACCUGGGUGUGUCCCUCCCGAUUGUUGUGUUUUUCAUCAGCAGCUUCAGUUUCAGUUGAAGCUUUCCAGGCGGAGCAGAGAGGCGCGCGCACAGGUUCUCUUGGCUCACCCAGUGACGUCACCAUGUCCUCCAGACCCAACGGGAGUCCCCCUCCCUACGAGUCGGACACCGGAUAUGCCGUCGCCCCCCAGCCGGCCUACUCCUACUACCCGGACGAUGAGUUCCAGCACUUCUACCGCUGGACGUCUCCGCCGGGCAUCCUGAAGAUCAUGUCCAUCAUCUCCAUCGUGAUGUGCGUCGCCAUCUUCGCCUGCGUCGCCUCCACGCUGGCCUGGGACUCCCAGGGCGCCCUGGGCGGCUUCGGCGGCUACGGGGGCGGCGGCUACGGGGGCGGCGGCUACGGCGGCGGCGGCUACGGCGGCGGCGGCUACAGCAGCUUCGGCAGCGGCGGCGGCUACGGGGCCGCGAACGGCUACGGCUACGGCAGCCUCGGGGGGAACUACAACGACCCCCGCAAGGGCAAAGGCUUCAUCAUCGCCAUGGCGGGCAUCACCUUCAUCGCCUGCCUCGUCAUCUUCAUCGUCGUGGUGUCUCACCAGAGCCUGUCGGAGAGCCGGAGGUUCUACCUGGCGGUGGUGAUCAUCUGUGCCGUCUUGGGGACGCUCAUGCUGAUCGCCGCCAUCGUCUACCUGGUGGCGGUGAACCCCACGGCGCAGUCGUCCGGCUCGGCGUACGGCAGCCAGAUCGCCGGCCUGUGCGCUCAGUACCAGCAGCCGCAGCCGUCGGGCGUGUUCGUCAACCAGUACCUCUACCACUACUGCGUGGUGGAGCCGCAGGAGGCCAUCGCGGUGGUGUUGGGCUUCCUGGUCGCCGUGGCGCUCAUCAUCAUGCUCGUCUUCGCUCUGAAGACGCGCAAGAAGAUCAUCAACUUCGGCAAGAGCAACGUCCUGUGGAAGAAGGUGAAGGUCAUCGAGGAGAUGGAGCCGCCGCCGCAGGACGUGGAGGCGUGGGUGAACAACGUGUCCGUGGGCCCGGAGGUUCUCCCGAUGUCGGCCCACACCGAGAAGCUCCGCGGCUCCCGCAGUCACCUUGACGACGAGAGCUCCGCCUACGACAAGCCGCCCUACAGCGUCACGCCGCAGCCUCGGGAGGAAGACCUGCCGCUGCAGAACGGCGCCCCCUACGACUCCAACUCGGAGGCGCCGAGCUCGGCCGGGCGGCCCAAGAAGAGACGCGCCGACCGGCCGCGCCGCGCCGACGGACACGACCCGGACACGGACUACAACUCCUCCGGGGACGAGCUGGACGACAACGAGUUCGACAGUGAAUUCCCCCCCAUCGCCAACGAGCCUGAACGCAUCGAAUACAAGCGUCAGUUCGACCGCGACCACCAGGAGUACAAGGAGCUGCAGGCGGAGCUGGACGCCCUGAACAGGAGCCUGGAGGAGGCGGACCGCGAGCUGGACGCGCUGCAGGAGGGCAGCCCGCCCUACCUGGACGCUCUGGACGAGUACAACCGGAUGAAGAACAUCAAGAAGUCCUCCGACUACCAGGUGAAGAAGCGCCGGUGUAAAUACCUGAAGUCCAAACUGAACCACAUCAAGAAGACGGUCAGCGACUACGACCGCCGGGCCUGAAGGACACCGACCUCCAACCGACGACAGACUUUAGAGGGCGGAGCGACGCCGAACAACCCAACACACACACACACACGUCUGAGCUGGUGAAACUGCGGCGGCCGUAGACGCUGUAACAUGUAUUUAUAAAAUAAGAUUUAAUCCCCGUUGUUUUUUUAAUAGCUCUUAAAAACGACUCGGUGUGAGACGCUCAUUUAAAAAAAAUCUUAUUUUAAUUCUCAUUCUGCCUCAACGAUAUAAACUUGUAAAUAUGUGGGAAACUGUUUUUUAAAACGUUUUUAGUGCGUAUGCGUUUCUUUAUUUACACUUUUUCGCGUGAUGUACUUUUACAAUGAGGUGAGAAGCUUUUUAAUGAAAUAAAUUCAUAAAUUAAAA